AUGUCCAAUUUUUUCCGAGAUAGCGCACACGGCUUUAAACCACGUUCUAACAUUUUCUCUAAGUUCCGAAAUAAGGAUGCUGGCCAAGACUGCCUUCCCAACUCCGACAAUGUGUAUCUAGGGUGCGACGGGGCGUUUUCCUCAGACAAAAAUUCACUACUGGAUUUCUCUGACUCUCGAAUUCUUGCAAAUGACACCAGUGCAUCGUCAUUGAUAAACGAGAGCACUCCGGUUGCAAAAUCAAGAGGCCGAGUGCCAGCGUCGAACUCCGAAGAAGAAGAACUUGAGAUAACAGAGGUCAGACAUGUCUCGCAGAGAGAGUUGAAACAAGAGCUGUCAAACCACAGCGACAGCCCCCCUAAAGCCCAAGUGGCAAAACUAAAAUUGGCGCAGGAUUCAAAUGAUACUUCAACAAAUGACGUGCUAUUAGAAGCGUUCAACAACACUCAAAAGAUAUGCUCGAACCUAAAAUUGGAAUUACAACGUUUGAAGUCUGAGAAUCAGAACCAGAGCCAAGCAGUCAAUACUUACAAGUCCGAAGUCAGCAAGAUUGAAAAUAAAAUGGAGCAGUACAGAAAGCUUCUUACAAUUAUCGAGGAAAGAUCAUCAGAGCUGCAAAGUCAGAAGAAAACCACUGAACAGCAAUUAACAAGCUUACGCCACGAUUAUGACGGUCUCAUGGAAAGGAUACGCACUUACAAUAAAGAAUGCGAUGCUGUGAAAAGAACGUUGGAUGAAACGAGGUCGUUGCACAAAAAGUCAGAGUCGAAUAUGUCAAAGAAAGUGAAAGAACUAGAAUACUUGAAGAAAGAACUCAAUGACUGCUCUGGUCUUCUGUCCGAAGAGAAAUUGAAAAAUAGAGAUCUUUUGCAAGAUAUAAAAAAACUGAGGGAACAAUCCAAUGCGUUGGUGGAGAAUGUGCUGAAGAAAAUGGAUGCUGACUUCAAGAAAGAGCUUCUCUCAGUAGGAAAUUCAGUCGCGAUAGCUUGUGCCAAAAACUCUCAAUGCCCUCCACAAGAUUUGAGACAGUUUCGCGAUACUGUGAGCUCUUUGCUUACAAUUGAACUUAAGAAUGAAAAUAAAGCUCUCAAUGACGAAAUCAAUCAAAAUUUCUAUCGCGGCUUAAAGACGCUAGAAGACAGAUUGAAGGAUGUGUUUUCGAUUGAUUUCGGCAAACUAAACCAGAAAAUUUGUGAGUUGAGUCAAAUUGAGAGCAGCUUGAAUGCAUUGACAAAAAAAUUGCAGGACGCAGGAGCUUUAGACUUGCGGGAGUUUCCUCAAAAACCUAAUGAUGCUCUUCAGACUUCAGUAACGGACGUUCUCAAAGCAGUACGGUUAGUUGCUGAAAACCUCAAACAGUACAAGGAGCAGGUAGAUUUUGUUGGGAGCUACGAAAAGAAAAUUGAUGGCUUACAAGAAAGAUUACAAACUGUCGCACUACAGAAAAGUGAAGCGGUUGCCUUAAUGAAGACCAGAGACAUGGAAAUUGAAGACUUAAGUAAUCAGGUUCUUGACAAAGCUAAUUCUUUGGGCAAAUUGAGCGGUGAAGGAGAGGAGCUGAGAAUGCACCAAGUGCGAAUCGAGCAAGCUCUGGAAAUUAAAGACCAGGAGCUGUCGAAAAUAAAACAAGAACUUGAUAUGGCUAGAGCUAAUAGUGAAAAUAAGCUGAGAGCGCAAUGUGAAAUUUUGAAGUUAGUUUCAUGCGAACGAGACCGAUUAAAAUCCUUUGUUGAAGAAAUCAAUGCAUGUAAAGGCGAAGCCGAGAGGGAGAAAUCGAGUGCGAAGAAUAAGGCCAAGAAAGUCAACGAGCAGAUACAAAAUUUAAACGUUGAGGUUAUACAGCUCAAGGCUAAAGAAUUGGAAUUAGAUGAGGAAAACAGGAAGCUGAGAAAUACAUUAGAGCAGUUUAAUUUGGAUGCCCGAGAAAGUGGUGAUCAAGUCCGUGAAUAUAAGCGCCGCGUUGUCUUGCUGGAAGACGACCAGAGUGCCAAAGCAAACAACCUGCUUGAAUAUCAGGACAAAAUUUCUUUGUUAGAACAACAAUUGCAGACUGCGCGAAAGCAAAUCCAGAGUCUGAAAGACCAGAGACACAAAGUGCCUCAUGUCAAAAACCAUAGACAGGAAUCGACUCAGCAACAACAGCAUCUGCAGAGGCGUGGGUCUCCAGAGGUAACGACAGGAAUAGCGGCAGCGCAACAACAAUAUCGAGAGGAGGAUGAGUUCGAUCUCUCUUCAUCGCCAAAUGACGACUUAGAGAUGACCAAUCCAUCGCCUAUUACCACAAGACCCUUCAAGAACCGAACAGAAACGUCCCUGGGCAAAACGGUCGCUUCAACUAAAAAGAAGAAAUUGUUGCUCUUGGAGGGAUUGGACAACAUGGAAUCCAAACACUCGGGGCGCAAGAAACGCAAGGUUUGA